AUGACAGCCGCCGAGCCGCCUUCCUUCCCAUUCAAGCGCGCCUCCGGCCUCGAGCCACCAGCCGAAUACGCCCGCCUCCGCGCCACAGAGCCCGCCUCCCGCGUCAAGCUCUUCGACGGCUCGGUGGCAUGGCUUGUGACCAAGUAUAAGGAUGUCUGCGCCGUGGCUACAGACACCCGCUUGUCCAAGGAACGCACGAGACCAGGUUUCCCGGAACUCAGCGCCGGUGGCAAAGCAGCCGCCAAAAACAAGCCCACCUUCGUCGACAUGGACCCUCCUGCCCACAUGUACCAGAGGUCCAUGGUUGAGCCUUUCUUCGUCUCCGAGCAUGUUGAGACGAUGGAACCGUACAUCCAGAAGACGGUUGACCAGCUUCUUGAUCAGAUGAUUGCGAGGGGGUGCAAGGAGCCAGUUGACCUCAUUGAGAACUUCGCCUUGCCAGUGCCUUCUUAUAUCAUCUACACCAUCCUCGGCGUCCCCUUUGAAGAUCUCGAAUACCUGACCCAGCAAAACGCGAUCCGCACAAACGGCAGCGGCACAGCUCUCCAGGCGCAAGCCGCCAAUCAGGAACUGCUCGACUACCUCGCCACUUUGGUCGACAAGCGCUCCGCACAGCCCAAGGACGACCUCAUCAGCAAACUCGUCGUCGAGCAGCUGAGACCGGGACACAUUGAAAAGGCCGAUGCCGUGCAAAUCGCGUUCCUGCUGCUGGUCGCGGGUAAUGCCACGAUGGUGAACAUGAUUGCGCUCGGCGUGGUCGAACUCCUCCGCAACCCUUCCCAACUUCAGGAUCUGAAAUCCAAUCCCUCCCUCUCGAAGGCCUUCGUCGAGGAACUCUGCAGAUAUCACACUGGGUCCUCCAUGGCGAUGAAGAGGGUAGCCAAGGAGGACAUUGUCCUCGGCGGCAAGACCAUUAAAGCAGGCGAAGGCAUCAUCGCUGCCAACGCCUCCGGCAAUCGUGACGAAGAAGUCUUCCCGGACCCGGACGUCUUCGACAUGCAUCGCACCCCAGACCCGAACCACGCCCUGGGCUUCGGCUUCGGCUCGCACCGGUGCAUCGCCGAGCCCCUUGCACGCGCCGAGAUGGAGCUUGUGUUUGCCACUCUCUUCCAGAAACUGCCCAACCUUCAAAUCGCUGUUCCAAUCUCUGAGCUGGAGUUCACACCACUUCACAAGGACGUCGGCGUGGUAAAGCUCCCAGUGACAUGGUAA